GGGAAGGAACUCCUACAAAGGGAUUACAAGUUAAGAAGAAAGGGAGGAAACCAGAGGCUACAACACCAUUUAAGCUCCGGAAAAAGCCGAAUAAAUGCUAUCGUGCAAAUCCUUAUUUUCAAAAACAGCCUCAUAUGGUAGAAGAAUACUUUGACUUGCAUUCACAAGGGGGGAUGUCAAUGGUAACAUCGGACAGAACUCUAGCAAAGCUGGGGUCAACAAAGAUGGACCAGGACUCGCUGAACGAACUUCUGAAAAGGAUCCCAAGCAAGCACAGCAGUGAAUGUAAACAAAUGUAUGAGGAACACAGAGAGCUUUUCAGGUGGAUGUUUCACAUGUGCAAUGGAUACAAUAUAUUGUUACAUGGUCUGGGCUCCAAGAGAACUUUGAUUGAAGACUUCAGAAGAUCUGAACUAAAAGAUGUAGAUCAUAUUGUUGUUAAUGGGUAUUUUCCAAGUCUGACCAUUAAACAUAUUUUGAAUACUAUAAUUGAUGAUAUACUAGAAGUAGAGGGCAGCCACAGAAGUCCUCUGGAUCAAGUAGAUUUCAUUAAAUCACAGUUUGAGACAAAAGAUUACAGGGAUUUCUUCCUCAUUGUACAUAAUAUUGACGGGAUAAUGCUACGUCCGGAGAAAGUUCAGAAUAUUCUAAGUUUGUUGAGCCAGAUUAGAGGAUUCCAUAUUAUAGCUUCCAUUGACCACAUCAAUGCUCCACUUAUAUGGGACCAGACAAAGUGCAGUCGAUAUUGCUGGCUGUGGUACGAUGUCACCACAUACUUACCAUACACUGACGAGACUUCCUACGAGAACUCGCUUCUGGUGCAACAGACAGGUGCCCUCGCUCUCAGUUCUAUGUCUCACGUAAUGAAGAGUUUAACCACUAAUGCUAAACAGAUCUUUAUACUGCUGGCCAAACACCAGAUGGAGAACAAAGAUAGUGGUACCUAUAUAGGUAUGUCCUUACAAGACCUUUACCAAAGAUGCAGAGAAGCUUUCCUCGUGAACAGUGAUUUAACAUUACGUGCUCAGUUAACAGAAUUCAGAGAUCAUAAGCUGAUCAAGUCCAAGAAGGGUUUUGAAGGAAUUGAAUACCUUGUAAUCCCAGUGGACAAUGCUACACUAACAGAGUUCAUAGAACAGCAUGAUAGUAAUGUGUAACUGAAAGCUGGACUUCAGUUGUGAUUCAAUUCAUCCCAACAAACAUAACAUUGACAAUAAGUUUGGUGCAGUUGUAUGUCAAAUUAAUAUAUGUGUUUAAUAUUGAACAUUGUUAUUUGCA